UUACUUAUGCAUAUAUAUGUAAAUAUAUAUAUGUGCAUGCUGUUUAAUAAUGUUGUGUGGAUAUGAAGAGAAAUUUAUAUAGAAAAAAAAUGUAAUAACUGAAAAUGCAACACUGUUUAACUCCGCCGCUGUCGGCGUUGCUGCUGUCGGUCAAUGCACGUCAAAAUAAAGAAAAUGAAGAUGAUGCAAAGGCAACAAAACAAAAAAACGUAACGUAAACUUCGGCGUGUUUGUGUGUAUGUGUGCAACGCGAAAAAAUGAAUUAAAGUGCAUGCAAAAUAUAGUAGUAGUAAAACAACAGUAGUGUGAUAAAGUGGUGGGUUAAAAAGGGAGUGUCGAAAGCGCUGCGAAAAAGUUUUUAGAUUUUUGUGAGUGAAAAUGAAAAUAUUAAUUAAAAUCUGCAAAACAAAUAUCAUGCGGUUUAAUAAUUUAAAAAUGAAUAAUAUAAAUGCAAGGAUAAAGAGUGUCCUUUGAGUGAUCAUAUUCAUACUAAAGAAAGAAGUGUACAAAAUAAAAAUAAAAAAAAUAUAAAUAAAUAAAUUGCUUGCUUUUGAAAUAAUUAUUGGUGAUGAUUUACAUAAAUACAAAACGUUGUCUUGUUAUCGGCAAAUGUUAUUAAUUAUUAAAAAAACAAUUCUCGAAAAGCAAUUCGAUUAUUUUAUUGAUAAACAUAAAAUUUUUGCAAAAUGGCAUCCAGUUGGCGUUAUGGCAAAAGGAGCAAAUAUCGUGCCAAAGUUCCACAAGAUCCCGAAGAUGAUUAUGCAUUGGACCCCAAAAAAUCACCAGCUGAAAAUGUUUACGACAUCUACCAAGCGUUGUGUUGCCGUGACACACGCGAUACCAAGCGCCUGUAUUUGCUUAAUGCGCUGGCUACGCUAUGCCAACAACAACAACAACAUGUGCAAUCGCAACACCUGUCUAGAAAUACUUUGGGAUUUACCACGGAAGAGUUGCUGUAUUGCUUGAGUGCCUGCAUGGUUCACAGUUUCACACAGGUUCGGGCUGCUGCUUUGCGUACCAUACGGUAUUUGCUGACAUCACCGAAAGAUAUAAAACUUUUCAACUCAAUGCAAAUGCAACAUUUGCUCUGUCGUUCCAUUGAUAUAGUCUUAAGAAAUGAUGACGAGCGGGUGCAGGCAUUGAAAUUGAUACGUAAAAUGUUAUCAUUAUCACCGGACGAUAUCAGUCCUGUAUUAGUGCGCUGCUUAGUGUCACUAGCUGAUAGUGGCAUCGAAGAUGGUGAUAAUUUGUUGCGUGUGUGUUUGGCGAUACUCUGCGAAUUUGGAGUACUUAAUCCCACUCUACUCAUUAUUUGUGGUGGAGUUACUUCCAUUACGCGUAACGUUCUCGAAUGUCAUAAUCCUCGUAUUGCCGAGAGUCUUUGUGGUGUUUUACUAUAUUUAUUGGAAUGGCCUCAAACGAGAAAUAUAUCAGGUGUACGUUUGGAUUGUUUAGCUGCACCUUACUGCGACUUCACAUAUCGCUUAGGCAUUAUGGAUAAAAAUAAAGAUGCACAUGAAUUGCGGUAUACUAGUUGUCGGUUAGCGUUACUCUCAGUUUUACGCAGUUGGACUGGGACUAUUGAAUUCUGUGAUCCAAGUAAACGUUCAGGUUUGAAAGCAAUAGUUGAAGCUUUGUAUCUUAAUCAGAUCGAAGUGAGAAAAGCAAUAUUGGAUUUGUUAUGUGAAUUAUUGGGUCUUCCAAUACCGAUAUGGACUGAUGAGUAUGCACUGGCACUUCAGACGGUUGAUCCAUCUGAUUUCCAAGAUGCGUGGCUUUUAAGCAAUGGUUUUGUUGCUAUGGAGGGUCGCUCUAUAUUACCUAGUUUAGCAGCUCGUGCGCCUAACGCUUGUGAACAACAUAUGGCACUACUUUUAUAUUGUUUCCUAGACACUGGUUUACUUGAUGCACUUGUCGAAGUUAUUAUAUCGAAAGAUGUGCAUUUGUCAGUGCGUACUACGGUAUUAAUAGGUAAAAUAUUACAACUUAUGCACACUCACCUGCCAGCCGAUAUAUCCAGCACAAGUUCAACUUUGCCAACAUUAGUAUUACAUGCAUCGCGUGGUAAUCAAAAUGCUAUGGCAGCAAUUUUAGCUUUACAAAAUUACCAGAAGAUGCUACGAAAUCGUCCCGCUUCAUGUAGUCCAUUUUUGGACAGUAUUUUACAAGGGGGAAAUUUAAUAAAAACACGUUUGUUUCGAAGAGAUAUUAACUCUCAAGAUCACCAAAUAGGAGCAAAUAUUCAAGUAUCACCAAUAGGAGGAGGCGUAUUACAAACAAGUACACUCGAUCGUCCACGUUUGGAUUCUGUUUCCUCUAGUGAUGAAUCUGCUUCUCAAUCGUCAUCAUCACGACGUUCUAGCUUUCGUUUAAAACAUAGAUUUUUACCUAUUUUGGAAAAUCUUCGCGUGAAUCGUUUAAUAAAAGACUCUAAUGUAUUAGUACAAGCUGAUAGCAGUACUUGGGAUUGGGAAGUUAUUAUAACUAUAUUAAGAUCGAGCCUAAUACGUAAAAUGGAUGAUAACACUGGAAAAUUUCUGAAACGUUUAGUGCAUUAUUUUAAACCAAGCAAUAGUAGUUUCUCACAUCAAGACUUUACACAAGGUCGCCCACUGCCAUCGAAUGUCACAGCCGGUCUGGAUUUAAUAGAUUGGUUGUUAGCUAGCAAAGAGCUGGAGAGUAUGCGUCUCUUGACGGACUAUUUCUCUGAUGUUAGUUAUCAUCUUAAAGCUGUAACCACAUCAAGCCGUGCACACGAUUGUUUAUUUAGUCCGCAACAUGUCAACAACACUAUGUGUCAACAGUAUUUUUUAUUUAUAGGGCGUAUGUGUCGUAAACCGAAGGGUAUAAGCAUAUUAACAAAUACUACAAUUUUUGAGCACUUAACUAAUUUGGUUUGUAACACCGAUCAUGUUUGCUAUGUAAAAUUGAUUGUUUCUGGAUUGGAUUACACUCUCGAUUCAGCAACGCGCAAGGUGCUUGAAAAAGCUUUGACUUCAUCAAAAAUACGUAGUGGACGUCUAUAUGCCACUCAAUUUUUAGUUGUGCUGUUACGGGCACGUAUAACCAAUUUUGAAGUAUGGGGUAUCCCUUUGAUAAUACAACAAACAAAAGAUCCAGAUCGUAGUGUUGUAUUGGCUGCUAUGGAUGUGUUAGAAGAAUCAUGUCAUGAAAAGUAUUAUCUUGAAGAAAUUGUUAGCUUGUGGCCCAACUUAAAAGCUCUCGGUGAUGUUGGUCGUCUUUUGAUGGCACGUUAUUAUUCACUAUCACGUGGUUUAAAUCAUCGAAAAGCGAAAAUAAAAGAAGAGAUCGAGUACUGGAAAAAUGGUUACAAUAAGAGGUAUGUGUUACUCGUAGAGGCUGAUACGCAUUCCAGUUUAACUCUGCAUGUACGUAAUGAGGAUGGCUAUUAUAGUCGACGUAACUGCAAUACACGCCCAACUAUUAUACCACCAAAUAUUCCUCCACAUCUGUAUGGGCAAAUGGUUCAAACAGCGCAGGGUACCACUGCGUUGCGUAAAUUUAGUGACUUAUCGCAUUUAAUUGAUAUUGUAUCUCGUGGUAAAUGUACCGAUGAUACUGACUGUGUAGAAUUAAAAGCUGCCAUAUGGGCAGUGGGGCAUGCAUCGACGCAUUCAAAUGGAAUUGAAUAUUUUGUAGAAACGGGCUCAAGAAUUUAUGAAAAAUUGGUCAUACUUGCUACAAAAUGUGAAGUUUAUUCAAUACGUGCUACUGCUUUUAGCGUUUUAGGUUUAAUCAGUGGCACAAAUGCAGGCGCCAAUCUACUUUACAAAUUAAAUUGGUUAAGUGUUCGCCACGAUCGUAAUACAACUUGGCCUGUAAAUCAAGCAGAGGACUGGAUGUCGCACAACUACACGCCAGCGCGGCAUCAUUAUGAUGAUAUGCCUCCGUAUAACUAUACAGGCAUUGAGGAUCAAAUUGAUGCACCGUAUUAUACUGGCAGUUAUUGGAACCUUCUUUUAAGUAGUAGUAAUAAUACUAAAGAUAGCGAAGCUAUUGGCAGUUCAGAAGCUCAAGACGCUAAUACCACUUCCGACAGCAGUAAAAUGGGUGAAGAGAGCUGUAGACCUAUUGUAACUACAACGGCGAAGUCAAGAACAUUACCUGAAGGUACUAAUAUACGAUUUGCAAAACACCAGCGUUCAUUAUCCGAAUCAAAAACAACAGAUGUUAUCAGUAUUAUUGGUGGACCUGGUGCCCACUAUCAACAUCGUAUACGUUAUAAUUCAUGUACGGAUUCCAAUACUUCUGGUGUAAGCAGUUGUGAGUCUGUUACUGAACGUAUGCGUGGACCUGUUGGUGACUUUCACCAAAUUCCACUAAGUCCUAUACCUAGUAUGUCGAAUCUUUUAGAAAUACAAACCCAAACUUCUUUAUUUCGACGUACUUCGCUUUUGGACUAUAAUGGAUAUGCCAAAUUGCGUGCAUUACGUCGUUCUUGCCGACCAGUGCUGUCGGAAUCUGUUGCAGAUAUAUAUGAUAUAUUUGAGAGUAAUCCACAAACGAGUCCACAUAAAUCAGCGCAACGUCGUUUAAAAGUGCGCAGCCUAGAUCGGCAGUCUUCCCUGCGAAUGUAUGCACGCUUGGGUUCGGAAGAGUUACAAGUACCAUUACCUACAUUAACUGCACCAAAGUUUUUAUCACAAAAUGAUUCCAAUGGUCCUACUUAUGCCGGCAUAUGUCUUCCAAAAAAUUUACUAGAUUUAUUCCCCCCUCGAAAUUUAUUACACACGUAUAUAUCACGUGAUAUUCAAGAUCAAGACUUAAUGGACAUUAAUUUGUUAACUGCAAAACAACAGUAUUUGAACGAUUCAUUAAAUAAUGAAGGUGGAGACGAAUCAUCAGUAAUAUCUUCGCUAUCCGAUGUAUCUUCAGUAAGUAAACGUUCGAAAUGGUUGGGUGCUAAACAUGGUCGCCAUAAUUGCCUCAAUUGUUCACGUGUGCGACGGAAUCGUUCACUAGCAUAUCGUCUUGAUAGUGAGCCCACAACAUGUGAAAUAUAUAGCAAUGCAUCAGCUGCACUAGUGGCAGCAGGUAUGCAAGCCACUGCAGUAUUAGCACGUAGAUUGCCAAAGCAACAACAAACACAACAGUCGCAAGGACAACAAUCAACUCAACAGCAACAACAACAACAACAGCAACAGCAUCAACAAGUAGCAACUCAAGGUUCUUCAAGCAUACAACUUUCGGAUAUUUCGUUCAAUUCACCCGAGAGUAUACUAAGCGAAGAGAGUAUGCCAGAUCGUUUAACGGCCAACAUAUUUUAUAAUGUUCAGCGUUUAGCAAAUCCGGUUAGUGCAAAACAAUCAAAAAUGGCUUUAUUAGAGUUAAAACAGAAGCAUCCAGCAUCAUUUCAAGAUAUUUGUCUUUAUUCGGAAGUGUGCAAAACACUCGGUAGAAGUAAUUAUCGCAUGAAUGCCAGGCGUUUCCUGCAGGAAUUAUUUUUAGAUUUAAAUUUUGAUGCAUUUUAUUUAGAGCCACAAGAUAUAAUAUCUAAAAAGGAUAAAGAUACUAUCAAUCAACUUGCUCAAGAACAAAUAACUGACUUCAUGCCUAGACAAAAGCGUUUAGCUGAACUAAGCGGAGUUAGUAUGUCAGAACAUGUGCAAGCUACAGAUGCUAAUACUGGAAAAAUCUUUAAUAGUGCCAGUACAACAAACACAAGUGGAAGUUAUGUACCAAGUCAUAAACCACAUUUAAAAUCUCAACCUCUCGCUAGCGUAUAUGAAACUAGUUGUGAAAAUUUAUUAAUAGAACAAUCACCACGCUUGCAAGGCUCUGCAAAGCAUAGAGACGCAAAUGGUCUUAAGAAUAAUAAAACUUCUCCAACGACAGUUACUACAACUCCUUUGAGUGGAAGUGCAACAAUAGAUACGUCAAAUGUGAAAACAAUAAUAACGACAAAGAAAAGAGUUAUUAAAAGUACUGGCACUAAUAUAGCUCCACCACCAGCUGCACCGCCUCCUAUCAACAAAGACUUCACUUAUGAGUUACAUAUAGCUACGGAUGACGACGAAGAUGAUGUACAAUCAAAUGCUACAAUUACGGAAAAAGGUAAUGAAGAUGAAGUUGAUGGUAUAACACAACGAUUCUUUGCAACCACAACUCAAUCUGGAACAUCUUUAACUUCUUCACAAAAUAGUGAUAAAACAACUAAUAGCAAUCUGAGCAGCAUAUGCACUAUAGUGCAAAAAUCGAAUAACACUAAUGCUAAUGAAGUGAAUGUAGCUGCACCCAAACGAAUUGUGAAUGAAAAUAAAAAAUAUGGUCUUGGAAGAUUUUAUACACUCGAACUGGAUCUUAGUUGUACAAAGAAUAAAUUUCCAAUUACAGAUCGCAGGCGUAGCAUAACAACAGCGGCGGCAAAAGCACAAAGUGAAAACGUAACUUCACCAACAGAAUCUCUAAGCAGUGAUAAGGAUAUGACUGCAAUAUUACGUGGUGAUCGAAAUAUAAAAACUGAACAACCCGUAAAAAGGCAAUCAUAUACAGCUGGCAUUAAACCGCAGUGUGUUUAUACUUCAUCAAUUGACACUACAACAACUGAUGCAGAUUCUCUUCUAUAUUCAACGUCAACGUAUGCAAUAACCAAAAGUUUGGGCGCUUCAAUGGCUGAAACAAGGCUAAAUUGGCUAAGAACUGGAUUCUUGUUUUGUGAACAGCGUUUACAAUCUGCACAAUCUGAAGCUUUACUUACAAAUAGGCCACCAGCUGCAAUUACAACGACAGUGGGUAAAUUAGAUGUCAAGAAUAAGGCAAAAGACUGCGCCAGUACACAUGCAAUUGGACGUGAUGCUGCAACCGUAAGUGGUGCAAAUGCUGUAAAGACUUCAACUUCAACUUCGACUUCGACUGCGACUUCAAUAACAACAACAACCACAACUGCAACAACUACAGUUAGUAAGCAAUCGAAAUUCGUUUAAGUACGUACUGUAAGUUAAAAAGUAAAUUGAAUAUUUUUUUUUUUUAUAAUUUUAUUUACGCACGCAAAGUGUUCAGUA